AUGGAGUUUCCAGAUUUUGGUAAACAAUGUGCCAACAAGGACUGUAAACAAUUGGAUUUUUUGCCAGUUAAAUGCGAUAAAUGUCAUGCCCUGUUUUGUAAAGACCAUUCAACAUUUGAUAGUCAUCAAUGUGUUCCCGUUGAAUGUACUAAUGAUUUGGGACCAAAGCUGGAAACGACUUGGUUCAAAUGCACAUUUGAUACUUGUAUAUCAAAAAAUCCCUGUGAAAUGUUAUGCCCAAAGUGUGAUAAACAUUACUGUCUGGCGCAUAGACAUCAUGGUUGUCUAGAUGAACUCCCCGGGAAAGAAGCUAGGAAAGUUUUAAAAGAAGCGGCUAAAAAAUCAAAAGACCUAUUUACAAUAGCUAAAGAAGAAGCUGAUAAGAAAAUUGAAGCGAGUCUAAGGCAAGCCGAAUUACAACCAGAAAAGAGACGUAUGGCCCAACAAAUUCGUUUAAUGAAACUCAAAGGGAAAGCAUUGGGUGAUAAUAAAAUACCAGUCAUCGACAGAGUUUAUUUUACUAUUCAUCCACCCAUUAAAGAUAAUAAAGUUACUUCAGCUGUGCCCUUAUUCACCAGUAAAACUUGGACAGUUGGCAGAAGUAUAGAUUUAUUUGCGGUUCGUUUAAAAAUUGAAAAUCGAAAUGAUAAAAGCAAUACUCCUAAACUGCGUUUAUUCAAACUAGAAGAUGGUGAACACUUAUCAAAUCAAAUGGACCGUGUAAUUGGUCGUAUGGUUACUGAUGGCUUAAUAUUUAAUGGAGAUUCAUUAAUUCUUCAUUAUGUUGAUGCUACAAGAAAUCCUGUCGAAAUAGAACCAGACAAAUUAGUGGAAUAUAAACUAUCAAGUGUUUAA